AUGGUUUGCAUCUUGGGUAUUGAAGGUUCUGCCAACAAAGUUGGGGUUGGUAUCAUUCGGGAUGGAGAAGUUCUUGCAAAUCCCCGUGAAACAUUUAUUGCACCACUCGGAGAAGGAUUUCGCCCGAGCGAAACAGCCCAGCAUCAUCGGCAAAAAAUAGUUCAACUAGUGAUUAAAGCUCUGCACGAAGCAGGAAUUCAAGACCCGGAAAAAAUGUUAGAUGGUAUUGCUCAUACAAAAGGGCCUGGAAUGAAUGCACCUCUACAAGUUUGCGCUGUAGUUGCUCGAACUAUUGCACUUUCUUGGAAUUUGCCUAUUAUUCCAGUCAAUCAUUGUAUUGGUCAUAUUGAAAUGGGUCGGCUUAUUACGGGUGCAGACAACCCAGUUGUGCUUUAUGUAUCGGGUGGAAAUACGCAGGUGAUUUCAUAUUCUGCUCAGAAAUAUCGCAUUUUUGGUGAGACGAUUGACCUGGCGGUCGGAAAUUGUUUGGAUAGAUUUGCUCGAACCAUUCGGCUUUCCAAUGAUCCUAGUCCUGGAUAUAAUAUUGAACAAGCUGCUAAAAAAGGAAAAAAAUUCUUGCAAAUUCCUUAUACAAUCAAGGGGAUGGAUGUCUCUUUUUCCGGAAUUCUUGCUUUUAUCGAAUCUAAAGGGCUUGAAGCAUUACGAAAUGGAUUGUAUACAAAAGAAGAUUUAUGUUUCUCUCUACAGGAAACAAUUUUUUCAAUGUUGAUAGAGAUCACCGAAAGGGCAAUGGCACACACAGGAAGUAAAGAGUUGUUGCUUGUUGGUGGAGUUGCAUGUAAUUUACGGUUGCAGGAAAUGGCACGAAUAAUGUGUGAAGAGCGUAGAGCGAAGAUUUUUGCAACUGAUGAACGCUUUUGCAUCGACAAUGGGGCAAUGAUCGCACAGGCUGCGUAUCUGAUGUUCAACGCUGGAUUACAAUCAACGGUAGAUAAGACGACUACCACACAACGAUAUCGAACAGAUCAAGUGAAUGUUGUUUGGAGA